AUGGCGACACGGAUCAGCAACACCGCAUCCACAGUCGCAUCACUCCUGGUUGCUCAAGCGCAGUCAAGAGCAAGAACCACAAUCACAACCACCAGACGCGCCCAACAGACACUCCACUACUCGUCCCUCCGUCGGCCCGCCCGCUCCCUUGGCUCAGCUCGCGGAGGACGCAUCACAGCCAGGACAGCAGCACCCUCAAGAGCCGGUGCUAUCUCGCACAGCAGUUCACCAGUUGCCUCCGAAGUGGCUGCACCCCUUGCUGGCGCUGCAUCGACUUUGGAUUCACACCUUUUCAACACCUCACAAACAUCCGCUCAGGGUCAGGACGUGAACAAUGGAGUUGUACAAGGAUUGGACAUUGCAGCCACGCCUGCUGUUGUGCCCGAUGAUCCCUUUGGUGUCUUGCAGCCGUACGACACUGCAGCCAAACUGCUCACACAGCCAGCCCUGAUCAUGACCCGUCAAGUUGAAAUGAUGAAUGUAUUGGUGGGAUUUGAGCAAGCCAACAAGUAUGCGAUUGUCGAUCCAUCAGGAGAACCGAUUGGAUACAUUGCAGAGGAAGAUACGACAAUGGUGAAGGCGAUGAGCCGACAGGUUCUCAGGACUCACCGUCCCUUCAAGGCUUCGGUUCUGGACCUCGAAGGGAAUGAAGUCCUCAAGAUUCAUCGCCCAUUCGCGUUCAUCAACUCCAGAAUCAUGAUCUCGACACCGGACGACCGUUUGAUCGGCGAAGUUCAGCAAGAGUGGCACCUAGUUCGCCGAAAGUACAACCUUUUCACGAUUGAGCAACCCGACCUGCCAACCAUUGAAAAGGACGUGUCAACGACCGCUAUUUCAAAGGAGCGAGCUGUGGAUGGUCAAGGAUUGGACAGAGUUCAGUUUGCCCACAUCGAUGGUGGAUUUCUCGCCUUGGACUUUGAUAUGCAGGAUGAGUCAGGACGGCCGAUGGCGAGUGUGAACAGGAAUUUUGUCGGGUUUGCACGAGAGCUGUUUACGGACAGCGGCCAGUACGCUCUUCGGUUUGAUGCUGCGGUUAUUCAGGACCUUCAGCAGGAGCAAGGUCUCGGCGCUACGACUGCCACAGCUACAGCAGCAUCUUCUUCAGGAACUCCAUCCAUUGCAGCUGACGGCGGAAAGAAUUUGCAGGUAGCCAUGGAGAUUCAAGCAGCCAAGGACGAGAGUGCCCUCGCUCAAUUGGAGAGUCGAGGUGGGUUGACUCUAGAUCAAAGAGCAAUCAUGCUGGCGUGCGCUGUCAGUAUCGAUUUCGACUACUUUUCUCGUCAUUCUGGCAAUGGGUACAUGCCAAUAUUCACAAUGCGUCACAGUGGAAUUAUGCCAUUCCCGAUGAUGAUGGGUGGCGGAGGAGGCCCAGCACCGGUCCCAAGUAACAGUUCAGACAAUCCCGUUGGCACCGUCAUUGGAGCAGGGGCAGGAGCAGGAGCUGGUCAAGUAUUGGGGGGUACAGGCGCAGGUGCAGGUGCAGGCGACGUUGCAGGAGGCGCUGCUGGCGGUAUGCCCUCGGCCCCAAUGCCUUCACCUCCUGCUUCAGGAGGCAAUGGUUGGGGAGACGACCCUCCUGCUGGAGGAGCAACGAACGACUGGGGAGAGGAGGUUUGGGCUGAAGAUGGCGGCGACUCUGGAGACUCUGGAGACUCUUGGUUUGGCGGUGGUGGGAACGACAGUGGCGGUGGAGGUGGUGGUGAAGGUGGUGGCUUCGACUGGGGCGAUUUGCUCUAG